AUGGUUGAUGGAAAGGGACAAGUGUUUGGGACAUUGAAAGACAAUUUUGUACCAAAUGCAAAUAACAUCAGCACACAAAUUGAAGACAGAGGAACAGACAAUUUCAACAUCACAAGCACAACGAGAAUCUACAAAAUCAGAAGCCAGAAAAUAGCAAAACCCUCGCAAUCAAGAUUCAUCUUCAGGCUUUUUCAUCAAAUUGUAUCAGAAGCCCCAGCAGCCACUAAUGGCGUUUCCGAAAACAUAAAAAAAAAAAAAAAAAAACCUAAAUCAAUCAACACCCGCUCAUCUUCCUCAUGGCUAUCAAAUCCCCAAAGAUCCCAUUUUUCGUCGUCAGCCAACACCCCAGGUAUUCGCCGAAAUUCCGACAUACAAGCCAAAUUUUUACCGGCCGAGAAUAAAAGUUAUUUAAUUUUUGAAAUUAAACUCCCCCAAUUCCCUCAAUACACAGCCUUCGUCGUCACCAUUCUCAGGCCACUUCUCGUCUGCCGUUGCUUCUUUCUGGCCGCCACCUCUCACGGCGGUGGCUGGUCUGAUUCUAGCGAGAGCAUACUGACGGGGUGGGCCUCCGGCGAUGGCGAAGAAAGACGGGUAUGGUGUCUGGAGAAGGCCAGAUCUAUGCCGGCAAGGUGGUCGUCGGCUAUGGCGAAAUUUGCAAAUAUGUAUACUAUAAUACAAUAG